AUGGAUCAAAUAAAAAAUGUUGAUUCUUACUUAGAUAAUUUACUUGGAAAUUUUUCAGCUACUAGAUGCAUCAAAUAUGCUCAAUAAUUAGUUUCUACUAAAUCAUAGAAAAUUUUUGAAGAAUUAGAUUCUCGUUAGUUAUUCAUAAAUCAAAACCAAUAACAUUUAGAUAUUUCAUUUAGGUCCUAAACUGCCUAAAUAUCUAUUCCAACUAGGUACUAUAUCAAAAAUAGUAAGAAAGAUUGAUUGCUUUGGUUAAAUUGAAGUUAAAACAUUUACAAAAGAAGAAAUAGAUUCAUUGAGAAAGGAACGAGGUCAGAGAGCAUAGUUAAAAAUAAGACAAAUUUAAGAGGUUUAAGAGAAGAGGAAAUAGGAUUUCUUAGAAUCUUGGAAAAAAACCUAAUAAAUUUAACACUAGAAACCAUUAUUUUAAAUAUUAUAAGAAUAAGAAAAUGCAUAGAUAAAGCUAUAAUAAGAAAUAAUACAACAAAAGUUAGAAUAAAUCAAAUAAGAAAGGAAACCUUUAAAUAAAAUAGAUUUUGAAGAGCAUAGAAAAAAAUUUUGUGAUUUAAUUAUUUAACCAAGAAAGAAAUCUAUUGAAUAAUAAUUUAAUAACUAAACAAAAUCUAUAAGUCCAGAAAAAUCUACUUACUAUUUAAAAAUAGAGCAAGAAUAAAAUAAAUUAAAAUUAUUAGAAUAAGAAAGAAAAAAUCAUUAAAUGGAAUUAUAAAAUAAAAAGAAGAAUUUUUCAGAAGAAACUAAAAAAAGAUUCAAACCUAAAUUGAGUUUAGAUAAAUAAAAUGAAUUAUUAGAAAUAUAAAGUAAAUUAAAUCAUAAAUCUGAUUUCUAAAAAUAUCAAGUUUUAGCAAAUAAAGUUAGAUAAAAAAAGAUUUCAUAUUAAAUUCAAGACACUGAUGAAGAUGCUUAAUCAUUAAUUAAUUUUAUUAAAAAUAAAGAUUAGAAUACAUCAUAUGAUUUAGCCAGUUAAGAUACUCAAUUACCAAAGUUUAAACAUAAAAGUUUUGUUAUUGAAACCAAUACAUAACAAUAAAAUACAAAUUAUUGGUAGAAAGUAGCUCUAAAUAAUAAUUUAUCAAUUAAAGAUAAGAAUUAAUUAAUAAUAGAAGAAGCAAAAAAGUAAAAUAUAUUUAUUAUUUUAGGUUAGAAGAGUUGUCAAAAAAAUAAGAAUAAUUAGCACGUGUCACUGGUAAUGAUAGCCCAUAAGCAGAUAAUCUUUUAAUUAGUUCUAUUAAAGCAAAAUUGACAGUAUUACAAAAUUGA